AUGUUCUCCUUCGCCAUAGUCAGCGUCUGCGUGCUUCUCAGCGGACUAUGGCUCCUGUCACGGAACGCGCGUGGCAACAUAAAGCCCCUUCCACCGGGGCCCAAAGCGCUUCCUAUCAUAGGCAACCUGCAUCAAAUGCCAUUGAAGGACCCGUGGCUGAAGUAUCGUGAAUGGCAUCAGACCUACGGCCCUAUUAUCAGCCUCAAGAUUGGCCUUCGGACAUUCAUCUCCAUUGGCUCGCACGAGGUCGCCCGCGACCUUCUCACUAAGAAGAGCGGCAUCUAUAGCUCAAGACCGCGCUUCAUCAUUACCGGCGAAUGCGCCUUUCGGGACCUCAACACCGCGAUGAUCCCGUACGGACCGCAGUGGCGUACACAUCACCGCAUUCAGUCAACAUUCUUGAAGCCAAAGUACACCACGCACUACGGGCCCAUCCAGGAUCUGGAGAGUAAGCAUCUCAUCCAUGAACUUCUCCCCACCAGUGAGAAGAAUGCGGGUGGCAAGCGCUCUGUGGGGAUGAAGGAUAAACCUGAACAAGAUUUUCCCUCUCUGUUCCUGCGAUACGCCUACAGCAUCAAUUCCACCCUCGCCUACGGUCAACGUGUCGAAGACAUCCUCUCCCCGUCAAUGGUGGAGCUGUCCAGUGUGUCUAAAGCCAUCGCCCAGAUCUCUGCCACAACGAUGGGUGGUCUCGUCGAGAUUUAUCCCUUCCUGAAGCACCUGCCCGAAUGCGCCGCACCCUGGAAGAAAAGCGCGCGGAAAGCCUACGAGCGUGCCUUGCCUCUUUACGAGGAGAACAUCCGGCAAGCCACGGCCUCGCCGGCCUGGAACUGGACCCAGGGAGGGUUGGCCAUGAAAGAAGGUCAGAGCAUCUCCAGCGAAGAGUUUGCCAAUGUUCUCGGUUUCGUCUUCGAUGCAGGGAGUGAGACUGUUUGCGGUGCCCUCGAGAUGUUUGUGCUCGCUGCGGUAACCUAUCCCGCUGUCAUGCAAAAAGCGCAGACGGAAAUUCAUCAGGUAGUGGGCGAUAGGCGGCUCCCAGCCAUGGAGGACCUGGUCAACUUGCCAUAUACCUGCGCCCUAGCGACGGAAUCGCUGCGCUGGCGGCCUCUGGUGCCCCUAGGCUUUCCGCAUGCGCUUAUGGAGGAGGACGAGUACAUGGGAUACCGGAUUCCCAAGGGAGCCACAGUACUACCCUGUCACUGGGCGAUGGAUUUGGAUGAAACCAUCUUUGAGAAACCCACCGAGUUUAUUCCCGAGCGCUGGCUGGAAAAUAAGGAUCUACCGCUAGCAGCAUUUGGGUUUGGUCGUCGAGGAUGUCCAGGGCGCUUCGUCGCUAAGGACUCCAUGUGCAUGGCCAUUGCGCGCAUGUUGUGGACGUUCGACAUUGUUGCCCCGGCCCAGGUAGACACCUGGAAGCUGAAGCAGGGAGCGCUUACGCCCCCGGAGCACUUCGUCGCUAGAUUUCAACUUCGGAGCCCAGAGCGGAGAGACGUUUUUGAGGCAGAGUGGAAUCGCACGGAAAAGAGCCCAGAAAAGGUGAUGGACACAAUCAAAUCUCUGGCCGGGUAG